CUGAUCAGGACCUGCUGCUCAUGGGCUGCGACAUGCUCCUGAGGAAGAGACCCAGGAACGGACGCUGCAGGCUUCAGCUCCUCCUGCUCUUGCUGACACUCGGAUGUGUCCUGAUGAUGGUGACCAUGCUGCAUCCUCCCCCGCCCACCCUGCACCAAGCUGUCACAGCCCAAGCCAGCAAACACAGUUCUGACACUGGCUAUCGCCUGGACUAUGGGGACUCCCAAGAAUGGGUUCUGGAGGCUGAAGACGAGAGCGAAGAGUAUAGCUUCUUGGACGGCCUUCUGCCCUUCAUCUCCCUGCAAGAGGAUCAAUUGCUGGUGGUUGUAGCCUCACCCAUGGCUAAGAGGAAUCAGAGCCAACACCCGAGACGGGGCAGCUACCAGUUCAUCAAACACCAGAGCAGGAGGCGGGAUGAGGAAGCCCCUGAGAGGGAUUGGAGGACUGAGGAGGAUGGGGAGGACUCAGAGGAGUCGCUGACCCCACUCAGCCUGGACACAGAUAGCCUCAACAAGACACUCAGUGACUACCUGCCCCCGAGGAGAGUCCUGCCUGAGGUGCGGCACCCCAUGUGUCUACAGCAGCACCCUGCAAGUGGCCUGCCUACAGCCAGCAUCAUUCUCUGCUUCCACGAUGAAGCCUGGCCCUUGCUCUUGAGAACAAUACACAGCAUCCUGGACACAGCACCCAAGGCCUUGCUGCAGGAGAUCAUCAUUGUAGAUGACCUCAGCCAGCAAGAACAACUGAAGUCUGCUCUCAGUGACUAUGUGGCCAGGCUGGAGGCUGUGAAGUUGCUCAGGAGCAACAAGAGGCUUGGCACUAUCGGAGCCCGGAUGCUGGGGGCCACCAUGGCCAUAGGGGACGUGCUGGUCUUCAUGGAUGCCCACUGUGAGUGCCACCCUGGAUGGCUGGAGCCUCUCCUCAACAGAAUAGCUGAUGACAGGAGCCGAGUGGUGUCUCCAGUCAUAGACGGGAUUGAUUGGAAGACGUUUCAGUACGCUGCAGCCAAGCAGCUGCAGCGAGGGGUGAUGGACUGGAAGCUGGAUUUCCGAUGGGAGCCCCUGGGGGAACAGGAGCAGAAGGCCCUCCCAUCCCCCAUCAGCCCUAUCAGGAGCCCUGUGGUAUCCGGAGAGGUGGUGGCCGUGGACAGACACUACUUCCAAAACUCUGGAGCUUAUGAUCCUCUCAUGUCACCUCAAGGUGGGGAAAAUCUUGAGAUAUCCUUCAAGGCCUGGCUUUGUGGUGGCUCUGUUGAAAUCCUUCCGUGCUCUCGAGUGGGACACAUCUAUCAAAGCAAAGAUGUCAGCUCCAGGACUGACCCUGAGGUCAUCUUGAGGAACAAGGUCCGCAUUGCUGAGACCUGGCUGGGGUCCUUCAAAGAAACCUUCUACAGGCACAUCCCAGAGGCCCUUUCCCUGAGCAAGGUUGCAAAGCCAGACUGCACGGAACGCCAGAAGCUGCAAAGGAGGUUGGGUUGUCGGACAUUCCACUGGUUUCUGGCCAAUGUCUACCCUGAGCUGUAUCCAUCUGAGCACAGACCCAGGUUCUCUGGAAAGCUCCACAACACUGGACUCGGCUUCUGUGCAGACUGCCAAGCAGAAGGGGGCAUCCCAGGCUGCCCUAUGACAUUAGCCCCUUGCAGUAACAACCGGCAACAACAGAACCUGGAGCAUACGAGCAGGAAGGAGAUUCUCUUCGGCAGCCCACAGCAGCUGUGCUUUGAUGUCAAACAAGAACAGGUGAUUCUGCAGAACUGCGUGGAGGAAGGCCCUGCCAUUCAUCAACAGCACUGGGACUUUCAGGAGGAUGGAAUGAUCAUUCACAUCCUUUCUGGGAAAUGCAUGGAAGCUGGAGCUCAAGGAGACAGUAAGGAUCUGUACUUGAGUCAGUGUGAUGGCAAAAGCAGCCAGCUGUGGCGAUUCGACCAGGUCCACCCUGUGGAUGAACGAUGAGUAACAGUGAAGGAGAGCAAA